GAUUGAUUGAUAUGUAACACCAAGUCGAUGCCCCUCAUUCAGGCCAUGCCCACGCCCACGCCCACUCCGACACCGACGCCGACACCCACGCCCAUGCCACACCCUGUCGCCGUUCGAGUCCAGCAGGAUCAUCAUCAGCAUAACCAGAGCCCAAUCUUCAAGACCUAUGCCAAGUCCAUGCCCGUGACGCCCAUACAGCUUCAGUCGCCGAUGGAAGAGACGCCCUCCUACGAGCUCUACGAACGCCACGCCCGCUCCGAUGCCACAUUCCACUUUGACGACGAUGUAGAUGUGGAUGAUGACGACGAUGAUGUGGAGGAUACAUCAUCGCUGGCCAUGAUCACACCGCCGCCACCCUACGACACCCCCUAUCUACUUACGAGAAGAACCUGCAACAGUGCGGCGGCUCUGUCGCCGCCGCUGCCGCCUCCCCGCAGAUUCCGUUUCGGCAAUCGGGAGUUCUUCAGCAUGAGUCCGGGUGGUGGCGGUGCCACGCCAACAUCCACAUCCAAAGGCAGCGCCAUAACACCCACGAAACUGAGCGCCGCUGCGGCGGCCAUGUUCGCCACCCCACAAAUGGCCCAGCUGAACAGAAAGUGGGCGCACUUGCAGCGGAAGCGGCGACGGCGAAACAGCAGCUCCGGCGACUCCAAGGAGCUAGACAAACUGGUGCUGCAAUCGGUCGAUUGGGAUGAGAAUGAGAUGUAUUAGACACAAUCGAUGCACAGAGACUUAAUCGAGCUGCAAAGCUGAAAUCAAGUAUAUGGUUUAAGAGUGCUGAUGUUGACCCUGUCUACAUCUGAGAGGGUCUAGGGCUGAGGCUGAACUGUUGCUAUUACGUAUAUCCUUCCCCUUCUCCACUUAUCCUCGCUUGUCCCUAUCCUCCACCCAAGUCCAUUUAUCGAGCGUAAGAUGAUAAUAGUUUGCAUUUUUCCGAUAGGCGCUGGAUGAGGAUAUACUUAGGCACAGAAGCCAGAGAAAAUAUACACGAAAUUUACAGUUAUAUAUAGCCUAUAUAUACCCAGUUCUCCUGGCACACACAUGCAUCAAAUACGUAUAUAUACGAUUAUAUACCAUACACAUACUUGAAUGAAUAUAUAUAUAUAUACACAUGUAGUGACGGUUCGGUUCGAGGUAGGGGCUAAGCUAAAGUAGAGCCAGCUGCAAACGAAACGAUAUUGUUAAUUAAGAUUGAUUGAUUGAUAACACAUUUGAGAAGAGGAGAGACUGUUGACUCCUCAACAGUUUGUACAUAUUAUUCUUAGAGUUGAAGUUGAAAGGAAACCUUAUUUGAAUAGAGUAUACGCGAUAUACACACACGUUUUUGCAUUUAAACCAGACAAAUGGAAAAAUAGAAGAAAUUUACAAAAAGAAAAGAGAAAACAAAACGAAACGCUUAUUACUGAUUUAUACAAAAAAAAGAACAACAACAACAACAAGUACAGUACUCGUAAUAUACCAAAAUAGUAGAGCAAACAAAUUAGUCUUAAGGGCAGCAUAGCAUUCGACGUUCGAAAUUCGAGAUUCGAAUUUCGAGAUUCGACAUUCACAUUCAGAUCCAACUGCCAACCGCAACAGGAAAUAUAAUAUAUCCUCCAAGUCAGACACGACACCAAAUCACACCGAGAAUCUAUCGAGUGCAUUUUCUAAGGUCAAUUUUAUUUGCAGAGCCUUAAGCUUCUUUUACAAUCUUUCAAUCUGCUUCAGAAUCUGCUAUAGAAAUGUGUAAAUUAUGUACAGCCGAUCCAAGGAUCCAAGUAACUGUACAGAUAUAUACAUACAUACUCGUACAUGCAUAGAUAUGUGCUAUAUGUGCCAUAAAUAGGGGCGGGAAUCCGCUUUGAGUUUAGUUGUUAUUAUAGUUUGCAUUGGGUUUAGGACGGUACAGAACAGAGAGCUCUCAUUCUCUAUGAUGUAUAUAUACUUAUCUAUACCAACAUAUAUAAAACUAUACGUACACGAGUAUAUAUACGAUGAGCAUGAGAAGGGGUAAAAAGGUAACGGUAACGGUAAAGGUAAAGGUAAACACAAAUUCCGUGUGAAGUGAUCGAUCAAAAUUUAGUGAAAGAAUUAACUAAACUGUAGCCUAGCCACAUAGGGUUUGUAUUAUAGAUUAGGCGACAGGAUAGAGGAGAACUUUUGAGGAUAUUUGCACUAGGGGCGUUUGCUAAUGUUGUUCUCAUAAUAGAGUAUAUAUACACAAUAUACAAUUAACGAUAUACAAUACAUAGGGUAUAUAGUAAGUUAAGGCUAACCGAUAUUCAAAUAUUUUGUAUGAAAACCUUAACAGAAAUCCUUAAAAUCCGAUUAAAUUCAAAUAUUGUAUGGAACACUCGAGCGCGAGCUCGAGGCAUUCCAAGUUGCAAGAGACUCUCUCUGCACGAGAAAAAGCGUAGAAAUAUCUAAAUCAAAGCAAAUUGUAAGAACAAAACAAUUGACAAAUUGUAGUGUAAACAAUAAACACACACACACACACACACACACACACACAUAGACGACAUAGAAGUGUAUGUAUGUACAUAUGUACUUGCGCUAUAUACUUUAUGGAGCAGCAAACUAAUGCUUUUAUAUGCAAUUUUACUUUUUGACAAAACGUAUACAAGCCGAAGAAGUAAAGAAAAGAAGGGGGAAAUCAGAAAGAGAAAUGCAAUAAAUUUAGACAGCCAAAGACACAAUUAAUUACUCGAACGAUUCUAAUUAUAAUUUGUAUUCAUCAUAAUUGUUUGUGCUACAUUUUAUUUAGUUUUAGUUGUAAAUAAAUAUUCUUUAUAGGCUUUUAUUGCACUGAGGCAAUAUACAUAUAUAGCUUUGGUUUAUUUAGUUUUUACUCUUUGUUUUCUUUGUUAUUAACAAUCAAAUCAAUUGUGUGGAGUACUUCGAAAGCAAUAUGAACACGUAACAGAAAUAUGUACAUAUGCAUAUGGUAAAUAUUUCAUAGGCAAAAGGAAAUCAAACAAAAGUCAGACACAUAGCAGAUUGGAAUGAAUGAAUUAGGAAUACCUUAGGCAUACACUAGGAGUUUGAACUAUUUCUAGAACUACAACUACAUCAACUCUACUUAUACAAUUGCAUACAAUUGAGUAUUAACUCGAAAUCAGAUCAUUAACUUUUAUACACUUUACCAUUUACAUAUACGAAUAUAUACAACAAGCGAACAGAAUAACGAAUACUGAAUACUCGAUUCGAAUACCGAUUUCAUAACAAAUAGUUAGUUGUACUCGUAAUUUAGAGCCAGGAUGCAAUUGAAAGGUUUUACAGUGAAUCAUGCCUACAAAGAAAACAAACAACCAGCAAUACAACAGCACACACACAUAAAAAGAUCCAUGAAUAUACCGAAUAUAUAUAUAGAUGAUCCAUAUACAUACACUUAUUAGAUACUUUAGAAGAGAGAUUCUCUAGAGAUGCUUUUAAAUACAAAACAAAAUCGAAAAUCCAAAAAUCCAAAAAAAA